UUAAUGGUUUUAUAAAUCCCUGCAAACUUUUGAGAAAAGGUCAAAAUAAAAUUAUUAAAAUUUAAAAAAAAUACAUUUGUACUAUAUUCAAAUAUGAAGCAAACUAAAUCAACUGAAUAAGCUGGAGUACAAAUGGAACCACUAUAUGAUUGCAUUCAUAUUGAAUCCCAAGUGAUCCAUUGACAUAAGCCAUCUUUCCACCAAAAUGUUCAUUCACAUUUAUAUCCACACAUUUACUAUUAUUCACAUUUACUGAAUUUUUUCCAGUCCGUGCAGUCCAAUCAAAUUCAAAGAAUUUGUUUAACUCAAGUGAUGUGUAACGGUUCUGGCCAAAUUAUUCAAAAUUAUUUAAUUAUUUAUCCAUGCCGGAAGCAUUUUUCACAAUAACUUUAAUGGGUAAAAUUCGGUAAUUCUUUACUUAAAACAUUUAUAGAUUUAGAAAUGCAAUCAUUCAUAAUUAUUUAUGAGGUUUCCUAGCUAUUAUAGUAAAAAUGUUUUCAAACGGCAGACGUAUGUUAUUUUCGCGCUUGAUUAUAUUUGUCGCCUUUAUAGGCAUAACUGGUAUUGCUGCAGAUAUUGAGUUUAAUAAUAUCAAGUGUAUAACUUGUGACAAGGAGUAUUUGGAAUUCGAUUAUUGUUAUUUGAGGUCCGAAAAUCGCACGUAUAAAUACUUAUCAAUGAAAAUCAAACUUCAUCAAUUGCCAGUGCGAAAUUCUAAGAUUUCAAAACGCGACACCCGCCGCAUAGUUGGACCAUAUAACGGAUCUAUAGACUCCUGCAAAUUUAUGAGAGAUGGUCGUAAUCCACUAGCCACUCAUAUAUACCAAGCAUUUAAACCAUAUACAAAUAUUAAUCACACAUGUCCUUAUAACCACGAUUUAAUACUGGAAAAGGUAUCAGUGAGCCAUGUGAACAAUGUAUUCAAGAAUUUUAUUCCCGAUGGACGAUUUUUGCUGAAUCUAACAUUUUAUAAUAACAAUAUUCCACGUGGUGUGAUCAUCGUCUAUUUCUCAAAAUCAUAAUAAAACAAGUAAGAAAGCUCUAGUCGAGACUACUCGACUACGAGAUCCCCUGAA